GGUUCUGGCCGGAGCUGACACCCGUACAGAGGCGAGACUGAGGACCCUGAAGAAGGGCGAAGAGCGUGCCGCGGGGAAGGCUGAAGAUCCGGAGCGCUGGAGUAACGGACUGAAGACAGGAAACAGAGUAGAGAACUAUAGAUUCCAAGAAGAAAUAAAACGUCUGUCACCGACGGGGGCCCUAAACUAAGAGACUGCAAGGUCAGUAUGCUCCGAGCAAGUCCAGAGGCACUAGUGCUCCUGGGAGCUCUGCUGUCGGGACUCCUGGAUCCAGCCAGCGGCCAGGACGCACCCUCACUGCCUUGGGAAGUGCAGCGUUUUGAUGGUUGGUUCAACAAUCUGAGGCACCACCAGCGUGGUGCUGCUGGGUCUAGGCUGCAGCGUCUAGUACCUGCCAAUUACGCUGACGGGGUAUAUCAGGCUCUGGAGGAGCCGCUGUUGCCCAACCCGCGCAGGCUAAGCAACGCAGCAACACAGGGCAGAGCCGGCCUGGCAUCGCUCCGCAACCGCACAGUGCUGGGGGUAUUCUUUGGUUACCACGUGCUGUCAGACCUGGUGAGUGUGGAAAUGCCCGGCUGUCCCGCUGAAUUCCUCAAUAUCCACAUCCCGCCCGGAGACCCCGUGUUCGAUCCAGACCAGCGGGGGAACGUGGUGAUACCCUUCCAGAGGAGCCGCUGGGACCCGGAGACCGGGCGUAGCCCCAGCAAUCCCCGGGACCUGACCAACCAGGUGACCGGCUGGCUGGACGGCAGCGCCAUCUAUGGCUCCUCUCAUUCCUGGAGCGAUGCUCUGAGGAGCUUCUCUGGAGGACAGCUGGCGUCAGGGCCCGACCCCGCCUUCCCCCGGGACUCGCAGGACCCGCUGCUCAUGUGGACGGCGCCCGACCCCGCUACCGGGCAGCGCGGAUCCCAGGGAUUGUACGCCUUCGGAGCCCAGCGAGGAAACCGGGAGCCCUUCCUGCAGGCUCUGGGCCUGCUCUGGUUCCGCUACCACAAUUUGUGCGCGCAGAGGCUGGCCCAGGAGCACCCGCACUGGGGGGACGAGGAGCUGUUCCAGCAUGCACGCAAGAAGGUCAUCGCCACCUACCAGAAUAUCGCUCUGUAUGAGUGGCUGCCCAGUUUCCUGCAGCAAACGCCCCCGGAGUAUGCAGGAUACCGUCCUUUCACGGACCCCAGCAUCUCCCCUGAGUUCGUUGUGGCCUCUGAGCAGUUCUUCUCCACCAUGGUGCCCCCUGGUGUCUACAUGAGAAAUUCCAGUUGUCAUUUUCGGAAGGUCGUGAACAAUGGUUUUGGCAGUUCUCCAGCUCUCAGGGUCUGCAACAGCUAUUGGACUCGUGAGAACCCCAAUCUGAACAGCGUCCAGGAGGUGAAUCAGCUGCUGCUGGGAAUGGCGUCCCAGAUUUCAGAACUGGAGGACAGGAUAGUAAUUGAAGACCUGAGGGAUUAUUGGCCUGGCCCUGGCAAAUUCUCCCGCACGGAUUAUGUGGCCAGCAGCAUCCAACGUGGCCGAGACAUGGGGCUACCCAGCUAUACCCAGGCCCUGUUAGCCUUGGGAUUGGAGGCCCCAAAGAAUUGGAGUGGCCUCAAUCCCAAUGUGGACCCUAAGGUGUUGCAGGCCACAGCUGCCCUAUACAACCAGGACCUGUCUCGGCUAGAGCUACUCCUGGGUGGGCUCCUAGAGAGUUAUGGGGACCCUGGACCUCUGUUCAGUAACAUCGUUCUCAGCCAGUUCGUGCGGCUACGGGAUGGCGACCGCUAUUGGUUUGAGAACACUAGGAAUGGGUUGUUCACCAAGGAAGAGAUUGCAGGCAUCAGAAACACCACCCUGAGGGAUGUGCUGGUAGCCGUCACCAACGUGGACCCCAGUGUCCUACAGCCCAAUGUCUUUGUCUGGCAUAAUGGCUCACCUUGCCCGCAGCCCCAGCAGCUCACAACCAAGGGCCUGCCCCGCUGUGCACCCCUUACCGUGCUUGACUACUUCAAGGGCAGUGGUCCUGGUUAUGGCCUCAUCAUUGUGGCUCUCUGCUGCUUUCCACUAGUGAGUUUGGUUAUCUCUGGGAUGGUGGCUCAUUUGCGGAACCAAGAGCGCAAGAAACUACAAAAGAAAGGCAAAGAGAGUGUGGAGAUAGAAGCAGUCAAAGAUGGAGUGACAGCAAUGGAGUGGCCAGGCCCCAAGGAGAAGAGCUGUCCCAUCACCAUCCAGCUGCUUCCAGACAGGUGCCUACAGGUCCUUGACAGACGUCUCACUGUGCUCCGCACCAUCCAGCUGCAGCCCUUGCAGCAAGUCAACCUCAUCCUGUCCAGCAACCGUGGGUGCCGCACUCUGCUGCUCAAGAUCCCCAAGGAGUAUGACCUGGUGCUGCUAUUUACCAGUGAAGAGGAGCGGGGUGUCUUUGUGCAGCAACUGCAAGGCCUCUGUAUGUUCUGGGCUCUGGACCUCCACGUGGCUGAGAUGGGAGAGAGUGAGCUGUUCAGGAAGGCUGUGACCAAGCAGCAGCGUGGGCGUAUCCUGGAGAUCUUCUUCAGACACCUUUUUGCUCAGGUGCUGGACAUCAACCAGGCAGAUGCAGGGACCCUGCCCCUGGACUCAUCCCAGAAGGUGCGGCAGGCCCUGACCUGUGAGCUGAGCAGGGCUGAGUUUGCCGAGUCCCUGGGCCUCAAGCCCCAGGACAUGUUUGUGGAGUCCAUGUUCUCUCUGGCUGACAAGGAUGGUAAUGGCUACCUGUCCUUCCGGGAGUUCCUGGACAUCCUGGUGGUCUUCAUGAAAGGCUCCCCGGAAGAUAAAUCCCGCCUGAUGUUCACCAUGUAUGAUCUGGAUGGGAAUGGCUUCCUCUCCAAGGAUGAAUUCUUCACCAUGAUGCGGUCCUUCAUUGAGAUCUCCAACAACUGCCUGUCCAAGGCACAGCUGGCUGAGGUGGUGGAGUCCAUGUUUCGAGAGUCUGGCUUCCAGGACAAGGAGGAGCUAACAUGGGAAGACUUUCACUUCAUGCUUCGGGACCAUGACAAUGAGCUUCGCUUCACACAGCUCUGUGUCAAAGGUGGAGGUGGAGGUGUUGGAGAUAUCUUUAAACAAAACAUCAACUGUCGAGUCUCAUUCAUCACUCGGAAUCCUAGGAAAUGCUCCUGCUCCCAGGAACCGGGACUCCCUGCUUCAGAAGCUCCAGAGUUGGGAGGCUCUGGGAUAAAGAAGAGGUUUGGCAAAAAGGUGGUGGGGUCCUCUCCCCAGCUGUACACAGAGGCACUACAGGAGAAGAUGCCACGAGGCCUCCUGGCCCAGAAGCUGCAGCAAUUCAAGCGCUUUGUGGAGAACUAUCGGCGCCAUAUUGUUUGCAUCACAGUUUUCUCAGCCAUCUGUGUGGGCCUGUUUGCAGAGCGUGCCUACUACUAUGCCUUUGCCUCACCACCCACGGACAUUGAAGAGACCACCUAUGUGGGCAUCAUCCUGUCACGAGGAACAGCAGCCAGCAUCUCCUUCAUGUAUUCCUACAUACUGCUAACUAUGUGUCGCAACCUCAUCACCUUCCUGAGAGAGACCUUCCUCAAUCGAUACGUGCCCUUUGAUGCUGCUGUGGACUUCCAUCGUUGGAUUGCCAUGGGUGCUGUUAUCCUGGCCAUUUUGCACAGUGCUGGCCACGCGGUCAAUAUCUACAUCUUCUCAAUCAGCCCUCUCAGCCUGAUGGCCUGUGUAUUCCCCAACGUCUUUGUGAAUGAUGGGUCUAAGCUUCCUCAGAAGUACUACUGGUGGUUCUUUGAGACAGUUCCAGGUAUGACAGGGGUCCUCCUGCUCCUGAUCCUGGCCAUCAUGUAUGUCUUCGCUUCUCACCACUUCCGCCACCGCAGCUUCCGCGGCUUCUGGCUGACCCACCACCUUUAUGUCCUGCUUUAUGCCCUGCUCAUCAUCCAUGGCAGCUACGCUCUGAUCCAGCUGCCCAGUUUCCACAUCUACUUCCUGGUCCCAGCAAUUAUCUAUGGGGGAGACAAGCUGGUGAGCCUGAGCCGGAAGAAGGUGGAGAUCAGCGUGGUGAAAGUGGAACUGCUGCCUUCAGGAGUGACCCAUUUGCAGUUUGAGCGGCCCCAGGACUUUGAGUACAAGUCAGGGCAGUGGGUGCGCAUUGCUUGCCUGGCUCUGGGGACCAAUGAAUACCACCCAUUCACGCUGACCUCUGCGCCCCAUGAGGACACACUCAGCCUGCACAUUCGGGCUGUGGGGCCCUGGACUACUCGCCUCAGGGAGAUCUACUCACCCCUGACAAGCCAAGGCUGUGCCAGAUACCCAAAGCUGUACCUGGAUGGACCAUUCGGAGAGGGCCACCAGGAGUGGCAUAAGUUUGAGGUGUCAGUACUAGUAGGAGGGGGCAUUGGGGUCACCCCCUUUGCCUCCAUCCUCAAAGACCUGAUCUUUAAAUCAGCCUUGGGCAACCAAAUGCUCUGUAAAAAGAUCUACUUCAUCUGGGUGACACGGACCCAGCGGCAGUUCGAGUGGCUGGCUGACAUCAUCAGGGAGGUAGAGGAGAAUGACUGCCAGGACCUGGUGUCUGUGCACAUCUACAUCACCCAGCUGGCUGAGAAGUUUGACCUCAGGACCACCAUGUUGUACAUCUGUGAGCGACACUUCCAGAAGGUGCUGAAUCGGAGUCUGUUCACGGGCCUGCGCUCUGUCACCCACUUUGGCCGCCCCCCCUUUGAGCCCUUCUUCAACUCCCUGCAAGAGGUCCACCCACAGGUGCGCAAGAUUGGGGUGUUUAGCUGUGGCCCUCCUGGCAUGACCAAGAAUGUAGAGAAGGCCUGUCAGCUGGUCAACAGGCAGGACCGAGCCCACUUCAUGCACCACUAUGAGAACUUCUAAGCCCACCUCCCUGGUUCCUGCUUCCAGUAUCCUGCUCUCCCUCUCUGGACCUCAGUUCCCCAACCCUGCUGGCAACUUCUCUCACAGAAUCCACUCCAGGCCUUACCCAGAGAGCUAGAAGAACCCACCCCUCAAUGCCCCAUCUGUCCUCUGUUCUGAGAAGUUAGAGAAGCCUCCCACCCACACCUCCAGCUCAAGCCAUGGCAGCAUGUGAAAGCAAAGUUGGAAGGGGACAGCCUCUGCUUGUGACAACUAUGGAGGUGAAAAGAUACAAAAUCAUUUACCUCUGAUAGAUCCCAUUUCUCUAUUGCUUUGGUAUUUUCUUGGCCAAACCAUUUUGAAGGAAGAGAAGGUGGGUGUACCUCUGAGUGAGAAUUUUCCCAGAGCUCAACUCAGAAGCUGUGAUGCUUGAGAGCCUGAACAGCCCGACUGCCUCAGCUCAGCAUAGGCCUUUCCCCUCCAGCUCCAAAGUGCAACCCCUCCCCCACGUGUCUCACUCCUAGAGGGUCAGGAGCCUUUAGAACACCAGGGAACAAAGAUGCCUCAUCAGCCCUGAUGUUUGCAAAGUCAGUGAUGCUGGUUGCCCUAACCCCUUGGCAGGCCCCUUUGAGCUAUGGGAGUGAUUCCUGAGCUCUGGGACCAAGGGAGUCUAGCCUCUCUGCCACAUAUCUAAGACUUUCUAUCAUUUCCCAAUUCCAGAAGAGUUAGGUGACCAGAUAACUCUAAUUAUAAUGUGAUUUCUGUCACUUUGUUUGGGUCAUGCUGAAUGUACUCUUUUAAGACUGUUCUCUUUCAUUCACCACGAUGCCUUUGUGAUUCAUUCAUGCUGCUGUAUCAGUAGUUUGAUCCUUUUUAUUGCUGGGUAGUAUUCCAUUAGAGAGAUGUACCACAGUUUGUUUAUCCAUUCUUCUGAUGAUAAACCCUGAAUUGUUUCUGUAUUUGGGUGAUGAUAAAUAAAGCUGCUAUGAAUCUUCUUAUACUUA